UUUUCUCAGCUCGACUUGAUUCACUAAAUCUGCAAAGAUGAUGAAAGGGUCUGGGGUUCUUCAGAUUGCCUUUUAUGGUCAAAAUAUUCACCACAGAGCACACAACAGGUAUGAUCAUUAAGAACAUGUCCUUUAAGGUCGGGCAGACCAUGACCCUUGUCGGAGUCCCCAAGCCUGAUGCUACAGAGUUUGCAGUGAAUAUUGGCCCAGAUGAGCAGGAGAUAACUAUGCAUUUCAACGCUCGUUUUAAUGCCCACGGAGACGAGAAUGCAGUGGUGUGCAACUCAUAUCAGGGAGGGACUUGGUGCGAGGAGGUACGAGACGGAGGCUUUCCCUUCCGCCAGGGAGAGGAGUUCAAGGUAGUCAUUGAAUUCACCCCUACAGAUUUCAUCGUGACUUUGUCAGACGGCUCUGCAAUCAAUUUCCCCAACCGCGUCGGUGCCGAGAAGUACACGCACAUCAACUUUGACGGGGAGGUUCGCAUCACAAGUUUCGAGAUCAAAUAAACCUCCACCCCAUCAGAAAGUGUUGGAUUGAAAUUCUUUUUUUUUUUCCUUUUUCAUUUAUUGUAGCAGCAGGUCACAUAUAGCCACAGCUUUAAAUUCCUGAAUACCAUGUGGUGUCAGUCUUGCCUUACAUGUUAAUGCUUAUGCAAGAAUUUAGCUUGUUGACAUGUGCAGAUACCAGACAAAAAUAUGCAUAGAUGAAAUAGAAACAUAGUCAAUACUCAGAUGGUCACACAGAAACAAAUACAGUAAAUAACUACCUGUCCUUCUUGCACACUUGACAGAAUUUCAAGACUGAAAAGCAAAAUAAAUAUAAAAACCUG